GACAAUUCCAUCACACUGCAAUUGCAACUAUCACAGAGGGCUUGUGACACCUCCCAACGACCGAGACCGAGACCCAGACCCAGACCCAGACCAGACCAGGCCACUUCCCGACUCAGAUCCUGCUAGCACCAGACUCAGACCGCAGCAGCCGCCAGCCGCCGCCAUGUCGACCACGGUAGACAAGAUCAAGGAGAUUGAGGCCGAAAUGGCCAAGACCCAGAAGAACAAGGCGACUUCGUACCAUCUGGGUCAACUCAAGGCCAAGCUCGCCAAGCUCAAGCGCGAGCUGUUGACGCCCUCGAGCAGCGGUGGUGGCGGCGGUGCUGGUUUCGAUGUGGCCAGGACCGGUGUCGCCAGUGUGGGCUUCAUCGGCUUCCCCUCUGUGGGCAAGAGUACGCUGAUGAGUCGCCUGACGGGCCAACACUCGGAGGCCGCUGCAUACGAAUUCACCACCCUCACUUCCGUGCCUGGCCAAGUCGUCUACAAUGGUGCCCCCUUGCAGAUGAUCGAUCUUCCCGGUAUUAUCGAGGGUGCCAAGGACGGACGUGGACGAGGUAGACAGGUUAUUGCCGUCGCUAAGACGUGCCAUCUGAUCUUCAUCGUGUUGGACGUGAACAAGCCUCUAACCGACAAGCGAAUCAUCGAGGCUGAAUUGGAAGGCUUCGGUAUCCGCAUCAACAAGGAGCCCCCCAACAUCACCUUCAAGAAGAAGGACAAGGGCGGCCUGAACAUCAGUCACACUGUGCCCCUGACCCACAUUGAUAACGAUGAGAUCAAGGCUGUCAUGAGCGAGUACCGCAUUAACUCAGCUGAUAUUGCCAUCCGAUGUGAUGCCACCAUUGACGAUCUGAUCGACGUCCUAGAGGCGAAGAGUCGAAGUUACAUCCCUGUGGUUUACGCUCUGAACAAGAUCGACUCGAUCAGCAUUGAGGAGCUGGAUCUCCUGCAUCGUAUCCCCAACGCAGUGCCAAUUAGCUCGGAGCACGGGUGGAACGUCGAUGAGCUGAUGGAGGCUAUGUGGGACAAACUCAACCUAGUCCGCGUGUACACAAAGCCCAAGGGUAAGCAGCCGGACUACACGCAACCGGUUGUUCUCCGAUCCUCGCGUUGUACCGUUGAAGACUUUGUAAGUUGCCUCCCAACUGUGACCCUCUUGCCACAUACGGACGCUGGGCAUCGUCACACCCCACCGGUUUAGUGAUUGCUGACUGAAGAUGCCUGUCCAGUGCAACGCCAUCCAUCGAAGCAUUGUGGAGGUGUUCAAAACGGCUAUUGUAUACGGAAAGUCUGUCAAGCACCAACCCCAAAGGGUUGGCCUGGGGCACGAGUUGUGUGACGAGGAUGUUGUCACCAUUGUCAAACGAUGAUGAAAAAAAAAAAGGAUCGAGAUGAA